UCCCACUCAUUAUCUUUGCUCCUUAAAGCUUCCUCCCUUCCUUAUCUUCCUAUAUCUCUCUAUCAUCAUCAUCUCUUUCUCUCUCUAUCCUUCUCCCUUCCAACCUUACCUCACUCACCUCCAAUUCUCAAACAAAACCACUUGUAAUCUUAGACAUAGAAAGAGAAAUAGAGAUAGAUAUAUAAUCUAUGAGAUCCCAUUAGUCCCACCAUUGCACAGGAAUUAUACUAUAACCUAAAAAAAAUAAGAGUGUGUGUGUUGUGUGAGUGUGUAGUUUGAGCUAGUAUUUAUCUUCAUUUUGGUACAACAAAAAACAAAAUGGAUGGAGAUCACCAGCAGCAGCAACAACAACAGCAACACCAUCAUCAUCUCGAAUUCCACAACCACCACCGCCCCAACUUCCCGUUUCAGUUGUUAGAGAAGAAGGAAGAAGAAGCGUGUUCAAGUUCGACACCGUUUAACGCUUCUCUUGCAAUAACACCUUCUGGUCCCGGCCCGUCUACUUCAGCUGGGCCUCCCCAGAUUACCCAGCCCCCAGGUGGAGGUGGGGAAUCGUCUUCGGGGCCAAACUCAAAGAAGUUGGCCCCAAAGCGGACCUCCACCAAGGAUCGACACACGAAAGUAGACGGGCGGGGCCGGAGGAUCCGGAUGCCAGCGUUAUGCGCUGCCCGGGUCUUCCAACUUACUAGGGAGUUAGGGCAUAAAUCUGAUGGUGAGACAAUAGAGUGGCUUCUACAACAAGCUGAGCCAGCUGUGAUUGCUGCCACGGGUACGGGUACUAUCCCUGCCAAUUUUACAUCCCUUAAUAUCUCCCUACGAAGUUCGGGUUCUUCUCUUUCAGUACCAUCCCAGCUCCGGUCUUCUUCGUCAUAUUUCAGCCCCAAUUUCACCACCGCCGCCUCCGCCUCUCGACGUAACUUCUUCGCCGGCAUUGGUCUAUCCUCCGACACUUCGCCGUCUUCCGCGCUCCUGAAUUUUCAGACGGCUACUUUGAAUUUAAACCCGGGGUUAUUACAAGCAAAGCAAGAAUGUGCUACUAGUACUAGUCACCCACAUCAUCAUCAACACCACCACAACAACAGCAACGACGCCGGAAGUCCGAACAGUAAUAAUAAUAACAACAGUCAGAACAAUAGUAAUAAUAAUAAUCAGCUUGAUCUUUCGGAGGCGGCAGACGACGGCGGAGGAGGUAGAAAGCGGAGACUAGAAGGGGAAUACGGGGCGGCAGCAGCGGCGGGAGCGGGUGGAUACGGGCAGUACCCGAAUUUUUGGAUGGUUACUAACGGAGGGAAUCAAGGAGCUGCAGCUGCUGCAGUAAUGAGCGGAGACCCAAUUUGGACAAUUCCGUCGGUGAAUAAUAGUGCUGCUGCGGGGUUGUAUAGAGGUUCUGUUCCUAGUGGGUUACACUUUAUGAAUUUUGCUGCCCCAAUGACACUAUUGCCUAGUCAACAACUAGGCCCCACCAUGAGUUCGGGGGCAGGUAACGGAGGUGGUGGUGGAGGAGGUGGUGGUCAUAAUACUAUGAGUCCUGGUGAACAGGCUCAGCAUCUGGGCUUGCUCACCGGACUCAACCCUUACCGGAACGUACAACAAGGAGGAGGAAUGUCCGACUCACAAGCGAGCGGGUCCCACUCCCAUCAUGGCGACGACCGACACGAUACAACGAGUCAUAGUCAUCAUUCUUAAGAGAUCGAUCGAGAGCCACACUUGAGGGUUUUAUUUUUUGUGUGAUGAUAAACAACUCUAAGUAUACCAAAUCGUUACUGUUUCGUUUCCGCUUUCCGUUUCUAGUACCACCACUAUACAAGUGAUAUAAGUCUGCCACCACCGCCGGGAAUGAAAUUUGUGUAGCUAUUAAUUUGAUGUGUAGCACACACGUGAGGUUUGAUUUUAUUUUUUGAUCUUUUAUUUUUUUGUCAAAUUAAUUAUUUGAGGUUUUGAUUUUUGAUUUUUUUUUUUGAAGUGUGAUUAAUAUGAUGAGAGGAUUAGGGUUUGAUAAGAAGGCAAAAUAUUUAACAUUUGGCCUUUUUUUUAUUUUUUUUAUGUCCCUUUUGUUGUGACUUGUGAGUGACUAUGUUUUUAAUUUUUUCUACUUUAUAUUUUGCCCAAGGGAGAAAAAAUUAAAAAAAAUUAUCCCUCCUAA